CUGAAGGCGAAAUUCAUUCAUGAAUGUUUCGAUUAAACAUAUUGGUUAUCGACAAUGAUUGCUCAUGAAUUGAUAUGCGCUCAAAUAGAGCCGUCUUUUCGCAUUUUCGAGAGAUUUAGAAGUUGGGAAAAAGAAUCUAAAAUGAAUAGUCUUACUGAUAAUACUACGGUCUGUUGUGAGCUCAUUGAAGCUAAUGCUAGUUUGCAGCAUGAAUUGUUCAAAAUUUUAAGAUUGUUCGUGACACAAGGUAGCCUUUGUACAGAAAGUAACAAAGUAUUCCCUGAAACCUCUGUUGAGGAAACAAUUAAAAAGUCUUAUCGCUCACCGGUAAUGGUUGCAGAAAAUAACUCCUCUCAAAAUCAGAGGAACUUACAUCCAUAUACCAACAUACAUACAACGACAAAAGAUUAUAGUAAUAAAUUGGAUUAUUCGAAAGGCUCGCCAAGUUUGGAAAAUGAGAUUUUAGAACGUGAUGAUAAUGUUUAUCCUCAGGAAAGUGAUAAUUCUUUCAUUUCUAAUGAUCAUCUGGUAAAAUUUGUUGAAGAUAAAAAUGUUACAAGCCUUCUUCAAGGUUGGCUUUCUCCUUUGGUUAGCCGAUAUAAUGAUUUAUUCACGAAUUUACGUGUGUCGUGUAUGGAUCAUCUACAAUCAUUAGGUCAGUCAGAUUGUGCAAGAAAUCAGCGCUUGAUUUUUCAUGCAGUUCAAGCUGGUUUCAGUGUCACCAGCCAUGUGAUCCACCGUCUUCCCACUGGUACGCAAAAAGAGAAUUAUAUGUCAAGAAAUGUUGGUGAGCGACAAUUCUCGGCUUCAGACAUAUCGCUGAAUAGUGAUCAGUUAGAUAAACUUGUAGCUGCAACAUUCAGGCGUCUUUCACGUCAUGCUCCACCAGAAUGCGCAUGUCAUACUACAAUUACUUCGAUAAAUGGCACAAGUGUUAAACGGCCUAUUUCCAUAAGACUACCUGUGACAUCUCAGGAACUGACUGCUCUAGAUAACCUCCUAAGGGAAGUUUGUUGUCUUGCUUGGCACCUACUGGUUGGAAAAAAGGAUUCAGAAUUAGACAUUGAAUCAAAUGGAAUUCAAUCUACUUGGUAUGCAGAUGUGGACAAAGCUGCCAAACCUGGGGAUCCAUACAGUGACGAAUGUUAUCGAAGAAGUUAUGAUUCAGACCCAACUGCUGGUCAAGUUCACCAUUAUAUUUGGCCAUGUUUAAUUUUAUAUAAUCAAAGACCUACUGAAAUUCAACAGCGAUUUCAAUCAACAAAUGUGGGUAAAACUAAUAGAUGUAAACCAGUUAAAGCAUGUAUUUUAGUGAAAGGAGAAGCUUGUACACGUAAUCCAAUAUAUGCAGCAUCACAAAAAGAUAAAGCUGCUGCUUUAUUAAAUCAUGAAUAUUCUUGUCAGAAUGUGUGUCGAUGUACAUCACCUCAAAAAUAUAGCAGGUCAAGAUCAGUAUCAAUUCGGAGAGCCUAGCAGAUAUUACUUUUCUUUUAGAUAGAAACAUUGUGUUGACAAUUUAUUCAGACAGCUCUGUUUACUCAAUACGUACAAAAAAUUCGGAAUGGUUUGCAUCAAUUAAUCCUUAUAGUUAUGCAAUGACAAAUCAACCAGCUAUUGAAUUUGUAACUUUUUAUGUCUUUUAAUGAUCAUUAUUAUUAUUGCUUUCAUUAUUAUUACUGUAGUAGUAUUGAAUUUGUUUAAAAUUUAACAUAACCAUGACGAAUUUUGUACAAAACAAUUAUUUCGCAUAGAUUUUUAAAUAAAAUUCCUAUUUUAUAAGUUUUUUGAUUGAUUUUGUGUCGAUUGGGUUAUGAAUAUUGUAAUUAAGUAAAUUCCUCGUGUGGAGCAAGUUAUAUUGGCAGGUUUUCUGGGAAUUUGUAUUUUCAUGCUUGCGAGGACGUUUCAGAGUGGUUAAGUAAAAGGUACAGUUAAAACUCUUAAUAGCUCGAUUCUAUCACAUUUAAUAUUAACAGGCCAUAGAGUCAAUAUGGAGCAAUCAUUUACAACAGCAUAUCUUGUUAAAAGUUAUCUGCCUGAAACCAUCAGGCCAUGAGUCCUUCAGAUGGCUAAAGCAACAACUGUCCAGAUCAGAAAGCUGGAGUUUUAAAUACAGAGGAAAUAUGUUCAGCUACUUCUUUUUACAAUGGCCAACUUCUGGCCUAAUUAGUAAACAAACACUUUAAUAAAAUACUGACAUAAUUUUAUAAAUAUUCG